UUAUACAUCCGGCGAUUCCCGAAGAUAAUCGACUAUUCCCGUUCAAUACUAAAGUACAAAAGUAAAUAUGGGGUGACAUUGAAGUAAAACAAAACAUUUUGAAAAGAACACAUUCUCUCUUAAACCAUGGCUGAAAAGAAAAAGAGGCACAGAGAAGAAAGUAGUCGGCGCGCGUCACGAAAAGUUAGUUCAAACAUGGUGACAUCUUUAGUGCAUUCAGAAAGAGGAAAACUAAAAAUUGGCAACUACACUUUGGGUAUAACACUUGGACACGGCACAUUUGGCAAAGUCAAGCUUGCAGAGCAUAAGUUGACAGGUCAUAAAGUUGCCAUAAAGAUUUUAAAUCGUCAGAAGAUAAAGAGCUUGGAUGUUGUAGGAAAAAUACGCCGUGAAAUUACAAACUUGAAAUUGUUUCGUCAUCCACAUAUAAUUAAACUCUAUCAAGUUAUCAGCACACCUACAGAUAUAUUUAUGAUAAUGGAGUAUGUAUCUGGUGGUGAGCUGUUUGAGUACAUUUUAAAACAUGGCAAGUCUGAAGAACAUAGUGCAAGAAAAUUUUUUCAACAAAUCAUCUCUGGUGUUGACUAUUGUCACAGGCAUAUGGUUGUUCACAGAGAUCUUAAGCCCGAGAAUUUGCUUCUUGAUGACCAUGGCAAUGUUCGUAUAGCAGAUUUUGGACUGAGCAACAUGAUGCAAGAUGGAGAAUUUCUAAGAACAAGUUGUGGAUCACCAAAUUAUGCUGCACCGGAAGUUAUCUCGGGAAAAUUGUAUGCUGGACCUGAAGUGGAUGUUUGGAGUUGUGGUGUAAUCUUGUAUGCUCUUCUCUGUGGCACGCUUCCCUUUGAUGAUGAUCAUAUCCCAACACUCUUUAGAAAAAUCAAAAGUGGGAUAUUUCACGUUCCAGACCAUUUGAGUUCAAAGGCCGCAGACCUGAUUUCGGCCAUGUUAAACGUAGAUCCAGUAAGGCGUGCAACCAUAAAACAAAUAAGGGAUCAUGAAUGGUUUAAUACAAAUCUACCAGCUUAUUUAUUUACUGAAACAUAUCGUCCUACGACACCAGAUCCUGACGCUAUAUCUCAUAUUUGCGAGAGAUUUGGCGUUACAUACAAUGACGUGUUGUCUGCAAUAAACAGUGAAGAUAGUCAUGAUCAAUUGAGGAUUGCUUAUCAUUUGAUACUGGACAACAGAAACGUGCAGACAGCGUUUAAGCGUCAUAUUGAACCUGAUGUUGAAAUGCUCAAUUUAACCAAUAUGACUGAUGGUAAAAUUGAUCAUGCUGAGUCCAGUUUUGCGAGUAAAUCCACAUCUCACGCUGUCGCUGAACGCAAAAUUUCUGCUGCGAAAGAACUUACGCCAUCAAAGAAACAUCCUUACAUAAAGUUUGCUAGUUCAAAAAAACCAAAAUGGCAUUUAGGAAUUCGUUCGCAAAGUAAACCUCAAGAUAUAAUGGGAGAAGUUUACAAAGCUAUGAUGUCUUUGGGAUAUUCGUGGAAAAUCAUCAACCCGUUUCAUUUGCGUGUCAUUCACGAAAAUAAAAUCACGCAGAAAACGAUCAAGAUAGCAAUCCAGUUGUAUCAAGUAGAUCAACGGAGCUACUUGCUGGAUUUCAAAAGCUUGCCGUCCGAUGGGGAAUCUAUCUCGCCAUCUUCUCGAUCAAGCAGUGUAUCUGUUCACUCCUCGUGCAGUAACCUCAGCAAUCCAAGCGACUCUGGACUCUCAAAUUAUGUUGUUGCUCAUCAUACGAUGGAAUUCUUGGAUAUGUGCGCUGAUUUGAUUAUUGCGUUAGCAUGUUAGUAUUAAAGUAGUACACGCACAAAUAUAUUACCUGUGAUGAGAAUGGGGAAAAUUUUCUAUAUUAUUGACUGCUUUGAAAUACUGUAUGUAGAUUUAUGUAUAGUAGUCGUUGUUUAUGAUGUCGCGCAAAUGAUUAAACAACUUCCACAACUUGGCUCUUGUAAUUUGAAUUAAGGUAUUUUUACUUUUCAUAUUUAUGUUAUUCUGACGUCUAAGGUGAUGAACGAGACAUGAAAGACGUUCAACGUUCUUAAAAUAACUAAGGAAUAGAACACGGUUCUAUUCCUUAAUUAUUUUAGAAAUAUGGUUUGAUUGAAAUUCUCGAUAAUGUAUAACAAGGACUGGUAUUUUAUGUAGUCUUCCUUAAGAUUUGUAAAAACUAUAGAGUAAUUAUUUGUCAAAAACAUCGACCCUUAUAUAGAUGGUAUUUGUGAUGUUAUUUGAAUAGUAUACUCAAUAAAAGUAGAGUGCAGUCACGUCGUUAAAA